UGAGUUUAUAUAUACCUCUAAAAUCAUGCAUUUUGCAUGCUUUAACUCAAAACCUCUCUCCAAAUCGAUCAAAAUGGCGACCAACGGCAACAGCUUGCCGAAGAAGAGCGACGAGAUCUGCCACGACGACAGCGCGCCGCCGGUGAAGGCCAAUACGGUCGACGAAUUGCACUCCCUUCAAUGGAAGAAGACGUCGCUCCCCACCACCCCCAAGGCCGCCGCCUUUGCCGACGGCGACCGCCACAAACAGCAGCUGCAGUCCAUCAGCGCGUCGUUGGCGUCGCUGACGCGGGAGACGGGGCCGAAGGUGGUGAGGGGAGAUCCGAAGGCGCGGGCGGCGGUGAGCCACCACCACGUGGUCCCCACGGCCUUGAACAUUAGCGACAGUGCUCUCAAGUUCACUCACAUCCUAUAUAAUCUCUCCCCUGCUGAACUAUAUGAGCAAGCUAUCAAGUUUGAAAAGGGAUCAUUCAUCACAUCAAGUGGAGCGUUAGCGACUCUAUCGGGAGCCAAGACUGGACGUUCACCAAGGGAUAAACGUAUUGUCAAAGAUGAAACCACAAUUCAAGAUCUUUGGUGGGGAAAGGGUUCCCCCAAUAUUGAAAUGGAUGAGCACAGUUUCUUGGUUAAUAGAGAAAGAGCUGUGGAUUACUUAUGCUCUUUGGAAAAGGUAUUUGUGAACGAUCAAUUCCUCAAUUGGGAUCCAAAGAAUCGCAUCAAAGUUCGAAUCGUUUCUGCAAGGGCGUAUCACUCUCUCUUCAUGCACAACAUGUGCAUCCGGCCGAGUCCCGAAGAGUUAGACAAGUUUGGAACACCGGACUUCACCAUCUACAACGCGGGGCAGUUCCCAUGCAACCGCUACACACAUUACAUGACUUCAUCAACCAGCAUAGACAUCAAUCUUGCAAGGAAGGAGAUGGUCAUCCUCGGCACUCAGUAUGCCGGGGAGAUGAAGAAGGGCCUCUUUAGUCUCAUGCAUUAUCUAAUGCCUAAGCGCCACAUCCUCUCCCUGCAUUCAGGCUGCAAUAUAGGGAGAGAUGGAGAUGUAGCCCUCUUCUUCGGAUUAUCAGGGACUGGGAAGACAACUUUGUCUACGGAUCACAACAGGUUCUUGAUAGGAGACGACGAGCAUUGCUGGAGUGAGGAUGGUGUCUCGAACAUCGAGGGCGGUUGCUAUGCCAAGUGCAUAGACUUGUCUAGAGAGAAGGAGCCUGAUAUAUGGAAUGCUAUCAAGUUUGGCACAGUCCUAGAAAAUGUUGUGUUUGAGGAGCACACUCGAGAGGUUGACUAUUCAGACAAAUCUGUUACAGAAAACACUAGAGCAGCAUAUCCCAUAGAAUACAUACCUAAUGCUAUGAUACCGUGCGUGGGGCCUCACCCGAAAAACGUGAUACUUUUGGCAUGUGACGCGUUUGGGGUGCUCCCCCCGGUGAGCAAGCUGAGCAUGUCACAGACAAUGUAUCACUUCAUCAGCGGGUAUACAGCUCUGGUGGCUGGAACAGAGGACGGUAUAAAGGAACCUACAGCGACGUUCUCAGCAUGCUUUGGGGCAGCAUUCAUCAUGCUUCAUCCCACCAAGUAUGCAGCAAUGUUGGCCGAGAAGAUGAAGAAACACGGGGCGACUGGAUGGCUUGUCAACACCGGGUGGUCUGGAGGAAGCUAUGGGUCAGGAAGCCGGAUCAAGCUGGCUUACACGAGGAAGAUAAUUGACAGCAUACACUCUGGUGCCCUCUUGAAAGCAAACUACACCAAGACAGACGUGUUCGGGCUUGAAAUCCCAACUCGGGUUGAUGGAGUGCCUUCGGAAAUCCUGGAUCCUGUUAACACGUGGAGUGAUAAGAAGGCAUACAAGGAGACCUUGCUCAAGUUGGGAGGUCUAUUUAAGAAGAAUUUUGAAGGGUUUUUGAAUUACAAGAUUGGAGCAGACAACAAACUGACUGAAGAGAUUUUGGCAGCUGGACCUAAUUUUUAACAACAUUCUUGUGUUUACUCGCUACAAGAUUAGCACUUGCACUAUUUGGUAGUAAUAGAAUGUAGUCAUCUUGUAAUAAAAAUCCAUCCAUAUUAUGAAAGUCUUUCUUUCUCUCUCUCUAACCCAUGACUGAAAUAGCAAUUUUCCUCUUUAAAAUAGCUCCCAAAAUGAUGGAGAAAUUCGCAAAACUAGAGCACAAGAGUUGUUUAGAAUAUGUAUCUAUGUUGUGAUUUCUCUGGUCUGCUGGGUCUUGAUCUGAUUGGCUGAUUGCUGAACAUCAUUUCUCAAAAUCAAGCUCAAAAAAUAUCAACCUACAGACCUCCAAAUUACUUGAAAAGUAUAAAGUAAUUCAGCAGCAAAAGAAUGACAUUGUUUAGGAAUUCAUUUCAAGAAAUCAAGAUGGAAAACUUAGAAAUUCACAAUAAAGAAGUAGAUGGGGAAGCAGUUUUGAGUGUCAUUUCUAUGAAUACGAUCACAAAGCAAUAAAUACCAGAAAUAGUUAAUAUCACUUGUAUAGAUGCAAGAUUCAGAAACAUGUUCUGCACAUUAUUAGAUUUUGUGUACAAUUUGUUCAAGCGCGACAUACCCGAUAUGAUAUCUGGAAGUAGCUUCACCAACUAAGAAGAAAACGAACUCAGCAUGGAACAAACUAUAAGGAGACAAGUCAAAAACAUCCAUUUCAAGAGGUUUCACAUCCCGGACAAAGACCAAACUCUCGAAGAUUUGGAUAUUUUAAUUUUGAUAAAGUUUAGGCUCAAUGUCAGCGUUCCUACCACACUGUAGAAUUCGUUAAGAUUGAAGUUAGUACUCAAACAGCCUUUACAUCGGAAGAUUCACUGGAUACCGCUGUAUCGUCUUUGUGCUUGAUCAUUCCAGAAUCAACGAGAAUAGGAAUCUCAGCAGCAAGCCAUGGUGCAAGGCCCAAGCAAAGGGCAUGUGCUAUGCCAAACCUAGGAC